AUGCCGUUCAAUAGAGAAAUACUUGCCGCCAUCUCCUUUGAAUCUGGACCCCUUUCCUCAGCGGAGAUAGCGGCACGUCGCACUCCUACGGAGGAACCGCCAAAGAACCUCGAAGUCAAGUCUUGCGAUAAAAGAGAUGAGCCGAGGCAAAAUGAGGCGACGAUUAACUUGAUACGCUGUAUGAAAUGGGCGUUGGGGCAGAGCAUCACGAGCAUCUCCCAUCCGGCCAAACAGCGGCCGCUAAACCCAAAGCGAGAUUUCUCCAUAAAAACAAAGAUUAAUCUGGAUGUGGGGGUAGAAAAACCUAAGCCAGGUUUCUGUUGCAGCACGGCGGCGGCAACUGGUGUAAGGGAACAGCGUAACCACCAUGCACCCUUUUACGAUGCACAUGGUGACAGUGAGGAGGCAAGUCAUUUAGAUGAAAGUGAUGUGGAGUCCCACGAUGAGGUCCCGAAUGUGCCGUUAGCAUUUGUGGACUACUCGCCCAUGUGCUAUCGUCACAUUCGGGAAUUUUUCAAUAUCGACCAUAGGGCCUACCGCGAUGUCCUGUUGCGAAGCCGCUGGCACAGCACACCGACACCAGGUAAGUCCGCCGCGCAACUAUUCUUCUGUGGUAGGGAUUGGGUGAUCAAGACCAUGACACACGAAGAGAGCAAGUUCUUACGGCGCAUAUUACAUCGCUACUAUUUUUUUGUGCUAGACCAUCCUUAUACGCUCCUACCACACUUUGUCGGUCACCACCGGCUUGAAAUCAACGGAGAGAAGAUGUACAUUAUCAUUAUGCAGAAUGUGUUCGUCACAGGAAACACAAUCCAUGAAAAAUACGACCUGAAGGGGAGUACGGUCGGUCGUUUUGCGACUGAGGCGGAAAAGAAAAAGCAGACAUGCACACAAAAGGAUUUGGAUAUAAAUCGUCCCCUUCAUGUGGGCGCCACUAGGCGUAACCUUCUCAUUGAACAAAUGAAAAUGGACUGUGGAUUCCUGAACCAGUGUAAUAUCAUGGACUACUCGUUUCUUGUAGGUAUUCACGUGCUUCCCAUGUACGAGGCACAUCGCCCAGCACCAAGCACGGGAAGCAGAGAGUACUUGGGUGGGGCAGCAGCGCUUGCAACGAGUGCACUGGAACCUUCCUAUCUGUUAGGCAUGGGUGAGACGAUGCAACCCAUGGCUUUGAAUGGACAUCCAACCGCGGCUGCCGACAGCGCACCAACCGACGGGCGGUGCUUCAAAGCGGAUCAGGGCGGUAUGAUGAGCGCAGACCACCCCGGUGGAAGGAGGGAAAUAUAUUAUAUUGGGAUCAUUGACAUAUUGCAGGAGUACAAUUCUCGGAAGAGUAUGGAAACCCUUGUGUUCGGAAUGUUGAAAGACAGGCAGAAGAUAUCGGCGGUGCCGCCGAAGGAAUACGCAGCGCGAUUCGUCAGUUUUGUCUCGUCCAUUAUUGUGUAA